AUGGAGCCAUCGGACCAAGAUGCGGAGUCGCAUUCAGAGUCGAGCGUGGAACAAGCACCGCCCGAUGUGCCCGUUAAACUCGGCCGCUCCGGCGCAUUGGCUGCCCUUGUUGCUUUCGGUACAGGUGUUGCUCUGGGAGCUUCUCAUGGCAGCCAGAAGAGCGCGCUUCGAUUCCGUGCUGAGAACGCACACCGCUUUCCGACGGACCCGAGUGGGUGGUAUCAAUAUCACAAGAGCAAGAAUUAUGUUUCGAUGCUCGGAGGGCUGAAAGAAGGAGUCAAGCUAGGGACCAAACUGAGCGUGGGGGUGUUGGGGUUCAGUCUGCUGGAAAAUAUCGUUGACCAGGCCCGUCCGGGAAAUCGAGAUUUUCUUUCUACGGUGACGGCUGGUCUGACGUUUUCUGGGAUUUACAGCUUGAUCGCUCGACACGACGUUUAUACCGCUGCACGAAUAUCAAAGCUGGGUUUAAAGUUCAGUCUGGUAUACGGUUUAGGUCAGGAUCUUCUCGCACUGGGACAAGGAAGGAAACCAGGAUACAUUGCUUGGAUAUAUAAAGGAAAGGACUCGACAAGUGAAGCGGUCUAG